UCGUGAAGGUUCUGGAUGCUCAGUGCACAGAUCGCGUUUUCAGUCGUUUGAAAGGAGGAUCAACCACGACGGACGAUCCGCUCAUGAUGAAGACGUUUGUUCACGUGGAGGAUCCAGAAACAUUUUGUUUGUGCAUGAGGUGGAAGCACGACGAUAAUGCGGAGCGUUGGAGAAGCUUUUGGGAUAUGACUCCUGCGGUCGAUUGAAUGGAAUAAUGUGGCUCCCGAGUUAAAUACUUCGAAGUAGUAUUUGAUUUCUUGACAUACUUUGAUCCUGAUAAAUAUAAAGUUAGUAAUAUACAAAGAUGGCGUACUCUCCUGAGCAAUACCAAGCUAGCAAGGAACGAAUCAAAGCAGCGCAGAAGCGCUACUACCAGCGCACACGCGAAGCCCGUUUAUCUUAUCAAAAAGACAACGAUGACAAGAAUAGAGACCAGACGGUCGAUUGAAUGGAAUAAUGUGGCUCCCGAGUUAAAUACUUCGAAGUAGUAUUUGAUUUCUUGACAUACUUUGAUCCUGAUAAAUAUAAAGUUAGUAAUAUACAAAGAUGGCGUACUCUCCUGAGCAAUACCAAGCUAGCAAGGAACGAAUCAAAGCAGCGCAGAAGCGCUACUACCAGCGCACACGCGAAGCCCGUUUAUCUUAUCAAAAAGACAACGAUGACAAGAAUAGAGACCAGAUUCGAGCUCGCACGUCUUUUCGAUAUGAGGGUAGUUUUAGAACCUCUAAACCGGUCAGAUCUAAUAGACGUUGAUUUGACGACGCCCACUUUAUAGCGAGAGCCACGUCUUUUGGACCUUAGGGCGUUUCGGGACCGCUCGUUCAAACCACAUUGAUAAACCAAUAGAACAUUACGCCGGCAGAUUUUACUAGUAGUUCGGACCAGCGCGACGUGGCGUCUCAUCAUUGGUUGAAAAUCUAUGUCACACACCUUCAUGUUCGCUUAAGUACGCCAGAAAUUCUACAUCCUUCUUCCUCAUUCCAGAAUCUGCCGGCUCGAGGAAAGAUGGUGAAGCUCUUCUGUGCGAUCGUUGGUGCGGCGGGCAGUGCGUUCGAGGUGGAUAUCGACGCGGGUGCAUCGGUUUCCGCGUUGAAGGACGCGAUCAAGGCGAAGAACCCGGCGACUAUCACGUGCGACGCCAAGGACCUGCAGCUCUUCCUGGCGAAGACGGAGGGCGGCGCGUGGCUGCCAGACGACGACCAAGCUGCGCUGGAUCUGGAGGACGGAAAGGUUCAUGAGGACAUUCAAGCGUUGAUCGAUGGCGAGAAGAUGAAGGCUACGUGGACAAUUGAGGACGUGUUGACAGCUAACAAUAUGACCAAACGGAAAGGGCGCGCUCCAAAGUCGAGACAAAUCCACGUGCUGGUGGUGGUUCCGGAGCAAGAACACGCACAAACUGGAUUGUGGCUUGUCACUGGAUCCGUUGAAAACGCGUUGAUCACGAAAGGAAUUCGCUGCAAACUGUACUGGAUGGCGACGUUACGCAUUGGAUACUACGAUCCUACGCGCUGCAUCGGCAACAAGAAUGUCGCGUUUUGGUAUGAAGACAAGAAAUUGUGUUUUCAUGUUUUAUUCGAGACAAGUACGUGCUUCUAUAUGCUGUCGCUGCAUCGUAAUACUGCUUCAUUGAGGGCUAACUCUGUUUCUUUUAUAGAAAAUGCUGCUUUGCUGUUCGAAACUGACUUAAGGACUGGGCCACAAACGCUGGGCUCUCCGUUAACUAACCAGGUUGUUGAGACGCGUGUUGCACCAGCUAACGCUGUGUCUACUGAUCUCCAGCGCGUCUUCUACUGCGACUACGUUCCAGACGAUUCGGAAUCUCCUCAAAACACAGUUUCAUCGAUAUCGUUGACUACAAGCGUUUCGAAUCUGGACCCAUCGACUGACGAGUUUCGUUUUCAGCGGAUUGAGGACGAGAAGUUCUUCCUACCGUACGGCAAGGCAGAAAGCUGCCAUUUGGUGUCGAGAAAGCAAAGCAGAGACCACAAACGGGAAUUCGCCAAGUACGAUCGCGACUCAAACAACAGGCUUGCGCUUUCUCGCGAAAUGCAUGGUUGGUUCGACGGUAUGAGCAUUGAGGUUCCCAUCGUCAACAUGCUACCCGGAUCUGUUGAAGAGAAUCAAUCCAUUGGCAACAGACGCAAGGUACUGUGUGAGCGCGUAGUUCUGGUGUGUGUAAGUUUACUGACAUUUGCGUGUAGGUCGAGGUCUUCGUGAAGGUUCUGGAUGCUCAGUGCACAGAUCGCGUUUUCAGUCGUUUGAAAGGAGGAUCA